AUGGAGGAGGAUAUGGAGGUGGAGGAGGAGCAAGUGUUUACGGCGCACGAGGUGGACAUUGACUACGAGUUUGACGCGGCGAGGUUCUUUGAUUUCAGCCGGGAGGAGACGCCGGUGGAGGCCCGCCGUGCUGAGCUCUGGUUCGAGUCCGCCAAGACCUAUCCUCCGUCUCCUGUAGUGACAAAGUUGUUACUAGGAGGGGACAUUCUCCUGGGAAAUGUGAACACCUCUCCGAAAUCAUCAUCGAAAGAUUUGGAGAGUACAAAUGGCGUUGGAUGUAAUACCGGUACGGGCCAAGAAUCGUGUGCAAUGGAUGUAAAUGGCAGAGAUUGUGGAGGGACGAAUACAGGGAUCUUUGGAAAUUUACAAAGAGUUCUAAAUCAACCGCAUGGAGCGGGUACAGGGUUGAUAUUCAAUCAUUCAAAAGGUCAACAUAACUCUUCAGUAAAGCCAUCUUUCCCCAGGAAAUCGACUUUGAUGAAACCUACAGCAAGUCAACUUGCUAAGCAAAAUCGCCCUCGUCAGAUGGGUGGUUCCAGAUUUCAGACACUACAUGUUCAAAACAGUGAGAAGAGCUUAUGUAGUUCUUCUGGAGUUGAAACUCAAGCUACCAAAAGGCAGAAGUUAGAGGGAGGUCACUUGCAUAAGGUUACUACUGAUGCAAUGCAGCAAACUAAUUUCAUCCACAAGGUACCUAAAAGGGUUGAAAAUUUUGAUAAGACCUCUACACAUGCCAAGUUGAAACUUACUAUUCCAAUAGAGCCUGACUUUGAAACGACAUAUAGGGCGCAAAGAAUAAGGCCUAAGAAUGGAUUAGUGUCGGAACAAGUGCCACCAGCUCCUCGAAAAUUCAAAGCCCGUCCAUUGAACAAAAAAAUUUUUGAGGCUCCUUCACUGCCACUCUCAAAGAGGAGCACUCCAAAGUUGCCAGAAUUUCAUGAAUUUCACCUGAAGACAAUGGAAAGAGCUAUGCAACAUACAUCUACUGUUCCAUCAUCCUCACACCAUUUCAAUGGUCAAGACAAGGUGUUGGACAAACCUAGUGCUUCCACUUUUGCAGGAAAUGGAAAUGGAGAACCCAGAAGGCCAAGUAAAUUGGAUGGUCCUAAGCAGGAUGGAAGUGAUGUAAUACCAAAAUUUAAAGCUCGUCCUCUUAAUAAAAAGAUCUUUUCUAGCAAAGGGGAUAUUGGUGUUUUCUGGAAUAGCAAAAGAGAAACCACUGUACCAAUGGAAUUUAAUUUUCAAACAGAGAGGAGAACUCAGCAGAUUCCGCCAACUGAUCUUUUCAGUAAGCUCUCGUUAACAUCUGAACUCCAGCCGAAUAAUGGAUCUCGGUUUAAAUUACCUCAGCCAGCAUCUGUAUCAAUGAAGGACUCAAAAGAAAAUAGAGCGAAUAAUUUCCAACCAGAAAAUAAGAUAAUGGUCAAAGAGAAACCUUCUUUGUUUGGUGGCAAGCAGGCUUUGUUUGGAGGUGCCAGGCCCGUCAGUGAUGUGGAUAACAAAUCAAGGAUGAGGAGUCUGGGAGUCCGCUAGAGGUAAAAAAAAUUGCACAAUGUUCUUGAAAGGGACAUGCUAUCAAAGUGAUGGAUGCUCAAAUAGAUCUCUCUUUGGUAAUUGCUCAACAAUGCUUCAAAAGACCGUGAAACACUUUUGGUGAAGAUGGAAGCCAUGGUAAAAACACUAAACAGUUCCAGACAUGCCAAACCAGCUUUUGCCUCUCACCAAUUUGUAGAUUUUAGUUCUCCAAUAAACAUCUCUAUAGGCCGGUGUUGUACAGCUAGCUUCUAAGGCCACCUCUUACAUCUCUGUCUU